AUGAGUAGUUAAUUUGAGGCUGAUGAUUAAAUGCUAUAUGCAGAUGAUUCACAAUUUAUUGAAUAAAUUACUUAGAAAUUGUCAAAGAUUAGAAAUAAUCUAGGAAUUAAUAUUUAUGAUUAAGAAAAUCUUAAAACUCCAUAAUCUGAAUAAUCAGGAAGAAAUAAUGAACAUAAUACUUUUGGAAGAGAAAAGAAAACUACUGAAUCUAAAAAUAAUUUGUAAGAUGUUUAGGAACUUAAUUUUAUCACAAGCUCUAAACAUAAAAAUAAUAAUAAUAAUAAUAAUAAUCUUAAUAAUGACUAUUAAUAUUCAGCUUAGAGUGCAAAAGAAGAAAAUCAAUAUUAAAUCUCACAAUCUGGAACUAAAGAUGAUAUACUACCAUAAUAAAUUAGUUUUUUAUAAAAUAAACUUGAAGCACUCAAAUAAAUUUGUAUUAUUCUUUAUUUUUUAUUCAAGAUCCAUGUCAAGGAUAAGAUUAAGCUAGUUUUCUAGAAAGAGAAAAUGUCUAUCUAAAAAUAGAAUUAGAAUUAAAAUCAAAAUAAGAAAGAUUUCUUAGACAAUAAUUAACUACCUUAACAGAAGAAUAUAAUUUGAAAUAAUAAUAAUUACAAUAAGGCAUCUAAGAUAUUAAAUAAUAACAUGAAGAAUUUGUUUAAGCUACAGAUCUUACUUAAGAUAUUAAAUAAUAUAUUCUAUCAUUAGAAUCAGAUUUACAUAUGACCAAAGGAGAAUUAGAUUUAUUUACUUAAAGAUUAGCUAAAGAAUAAUCAGAAAAAGAAAUUCUUUAAAAUCAAAUCAAUAAUAUUCAUAAUAAAGCCAAAGAUGAAUUCCAAAAGCUUUAUGAAAAAGCCUUCAAAGAAUUAUAAUUCAUGUGUUAAGCACUUAGUUCAGAAUUAUUAACAGAAUAAAUUGAUAAAAAAGUCAAUAGAAUUUCUUAAUAAACCAAUCUCUCCAAAAUGUAUUAAGAUUUAAUUGAUGAAAAAAUGAUUUUGGUAUCUUUUAUUAAUAUUAUUUUAGGAAACUAAAAUUGAUAAUCUAGAAAAUUAAUUGGAAUCUUAUUAAAAUAAAUAAUUUACUAUUAGUUAUGCUCCAUCUAUAAAAUCUAUCUAUGAAAAAAGAUUACAUGUUAUGAAAUAAGGUUUAUUGCAUUGGAAAACUAGAACUUAAUAAAUUGAAUAAAUUGUACUUUAAUGGAUUCAAAAAUUAAAAUAAGAAAAUUAAUAAUUAAAAGCAUCACUUAUCAAAAAAUAAAAUAAAAUGUUUCUUGUUUUUGAAAACUUAUUACGAGAAAUAUAUUAAUAAUUUGAAUAAGAUAAAUAUGUUUAAAUGGAAGAAAUCAAAAAACUAUAAGAAUAAAAAGUUGAUGAUCAAGUUAAAAUAACUAAACUUAGAUCAACUAUUCAGUAAUAAAGCAAAACAAAAAAAAGAUUAUAAUGA